AUGGCGAACCGGGUCACUUACAGACGCCGUCUCUCGUACAACACUAAGUCUAACAAGAAGCGCAUCGUCAAGACCCCAGGAGGUCGUCUUGUUGUUCAGUACAUCAAGAAGCGCGGACAGAUCCCAGUCUGCAAAGACACCGGAGUUAAGCUCCACGGACUUACGCCCGCCCGUCCACGUGCUCUUACCCUUUUGAAAAAGAACCAGAGAACUGUCAGCCGUGCUUAUGGAGGUUGCUUGUCGCCAAAUGCUGUGAAGGAAAGAAUCACCCGCGCUUUCCUCGUUGAAGAGCAGAAUAUUGUGAACAAGGUCAUCAAGCACCAAAAGGACUAA